CUGCAAGGGCAGAGGGACUGUUGAAGGUGCCAUGCCAGUACUGGAUCAAAACUAAAGGGUUGUGAAUUCGUAUUUAACUGCGAAAGAUGGUGUAACAAAUCAUCCAGCUGCAAUGGAUGACUUAGACCACAGUGUGCUGAUAGCAGAGCAGGACUGGGACUGUUUCUAUACAGAGAGUGAGGAAUGCUCCAUUCAACAGGCUGAGCUUGCUGCACUGGAUGACUCUGGUCUCAGUGACACUGAAGAUGAUAAAAUCUCAACCCAUGUGCUUUCAUAUACUGGUCAGACCACAGAAGAACAAAAUCAGUGGCCAGUAGUAGAGUGUGAACCAGGACAUGCAUCAGAGAAAGCACAGAAAUUCACAGAAAACUCCGACUUCAAAAACGAGUCUGCUGGACAGACCUGUAAUACAACAUUGAAUAAGGAGAAGGUCACAUCCGAAUAUUUCAGUCUGGAUCACAACAAUAGUAAUGAAGAAAGCAGCCAAAUGGAAUCACGACCCUUAGUUACAACUAACUUAAAAGGAAAUAGUGAAGGUCUAGGAGAGAAUAAAUCAAGCCAGGCCCAUAUCACGUCAGAAGCAUCUUCUCUGUUUUGGGAUGCUAACCAUGAAAAUGGGACAGAAAAUACACGAACUGAGGUGUCAGACAGUUUACCACUAGUGAGAAAAGAAAAGGAACGUUGGUUUGUUACUGUGAAUGACAGCCCGGUUCGUCUGAGAGAAAAGGUUGUCACUUCAGGCCAAAAAAAAAGAAGAAAAAAAAAAACUUCUAGAAACGGGAGUAAGCAGAGUGCAGCCGAUCGAGAGAGACACUCUUCUGUAAAUAAUACAGAGGAAGAGAAAGAAACUUUUGAGAGACAAUCAGUGCCAGAGAACUUCGAAAAAAAAAAAAAAAGAGAUUCCACACACUUACUAUCCACAACAUAUCUCAACGAUGUUCAUAAAGAAAAUCUCUUAUCUAACUCGCACAAUAUUCAAGAUCUCCAAAGUUCUUCAUCUAUUGAGCCUACACCUAAUCAUUUAAGCCACUUUAUUAAUCACACAGAGGAGGGAAGUCCUAGAUUUAUUUUGGGUCCCUCCACGACACUUUCCCCUGCCGAUAGUGAUGGAGAAAGAACUGCAAAACAAGAAUUAUUUGGCCAAGAAUCAUCUUCACAAGAGACGGCAUGUUUAGAAUCCUCCAGUAACAGAGCUCAGACUCCAGAUGAAACUUCAGGUCCAACUCGACCCAUAUUUGCCAUUUCUUCCUUUUGGGAUGAAAUGGAAAAAUGGACGAUUAAUGACAUUUUGGAACUCAGAAUAGCAAAUAACAAACCUCUAUUGAAAGAAGGCUUUAUUCCGGAGGAAGAUGACAGUUUGGACACCAUUGAUCCUCAUGUAGAUCAGGUGGAUUCCAAAGAUGAUAACAUAGAUGAUAGUGGCGUGAUAGACGACACAGCAGAUUCUGACUAUUUCACAUAUCUUGAUGACUGUAAACCAGACAGAUCAAGCUGCGAAUUCUCAACCUUUUCCGAUUAUGAUAGAGAGUUUCUACAACUUUGUGGAAGUACAAAUUCCAGCCCUGUACCCUGUAAAAGUAAUGAGCAAACACAAACCUUUCUUGAGCCUACAUGUGCAAGAAACCCUUUUCAAGAAGACUCAGACCAAAUUUUGCCGAGCUAUCUAAGUGAAUCAAAUGAGAUCGUGAGAAUGUAUCCUGAGAGUGAUCUACCACUCUUUAUGUAUCCUGAGGUGGAAUCUCUGACGCAUGAUGUGCUUCUCAAAACGACUCAAGACAACAACAUGAGUAGCUUUCUGAUUGACCACUGUGACGUCAGGAGAUCAUCAUCUUCACCAGUUUUAUCCAUGUCUGAUGUUUUAGAUGAUCAUUGCCGGAUGUCUUUCUUUGAAAUAUUGAAUGACGACAAAGAUUCAGAGCAAUUACAGACAAGAACCAACAUUUCGGUUUCAUUUACGUUUUUACAAAACCUACCAUCUGUGCCGGAGACUUACGAUAACUUCUUCUCGGAAUUUGAGGUUGGGAAUUUUCUCUUUCCUUCAGUUAAAGGUACAACACAAUGUGAGAAAAACAUGGUUCCUAUCUAUUCUUCCUCUCGGUCAGUGGUGAAAGAUUUAACAUUUCCCGAGGUGGAAGAAAUUAUAGAAUCGGACAGCGAAGACGAAAGUAUGCCGAUUCGAGUUGUAACUCACUUGUGUGCAAGCCCUUCUGGAACACCAAACCUGUGCUUUAACACCAACCAGACAAAUACCUGGAGAAACCUUUCCUUGAGACGAAUCAAAUUUUCUUUUAUGGGGAGGACCUGGUGUAGGAUGGCCACCUCUUGGGAUUCUCAAAAGAAUUCAACAGGUAACACAGCCUAUCCAGAAAAUUGGGACAUUUCAACGACAUCAAAAUCUCCUAAAGCUCACCCAAAGCUGCCAGUCCUUCUCGUGGAGGACCAAGCCCUUCAACAUUCGACAGACCGGGAGAUAUAUUGUGAACAGACUGUCCGAGGAUCAGGUAUAGAGCGCUUUUGUUGCUCCCUAAAGCAAGCAGACAUGUGUCUUGUUUGUAUUGCUUUCGCCUCUUGGGUAUUAAAGUCAACCAACCCACAAUCUACAGACAUGUGGAAAGCAGCUCUUCUGGCAAACGUGAGCGCCAUAUCUGCCAUCCAGUACUUACGGCGAUACAUAAAGGAAGAGGAUGAACCAUAGAAAUCUACUAUUAGAGCUUUCUCAGGAGUUCUCACAAGGGGCCAGUGUACAGGAAAGGGUUAAUUUUGCACAAAUACACACCAAACACUCUUUAGCAAAUACACAUAUUAGGCGUUUUUUCCUAACAGUCUAAUAUUUUCAUGUUUAAUGUUACAAAACAGGAGUUCAAUCAAUAAAUAAGUUAUCAAAGGACAAUUUUGUUAAAGUAUACAAAGCAAAGGGCAAACAGAGUUCUCCAUACAAACACAAGUUAGAAGACAUGUAUUGCUUUAGAUAUUAGGUUGAUAUGGACCAGAAGUGACAACUGGUAGGUUUUGCGUCAGUCAUGUUCAAGACUCAAGCUCUGCUCUACAUAUUUAUGUAAUUCGCAUAAACGUAAUAAAUUUGUGGUGAACAAAUAAAACAAAAUUAUUAAUGAUUAUCACUCUAAAUGCAUCUAAUAAAUGCAAACACAUCAUGCUGCCAAAGCUUUAAAAAAAACAUACAGGUUGAGUAAGGAAACAGAUUUCGAGCAUUUCAUAAAGAAUACAGUUUGCACAUAAAUUAUAGCUGGAAGUUUAGUAGGUAUCAGAAAUUCCAUAAAGAUGGCUGCAUAAUGUCAAAUCUUUCUAUCACACUGGUUGUUAAAGGUACAGUCCACUCAAAAAUAAAGCAUCAUUUUCGUGUUUGACAUCUGAUAGUGACAGCCUUAGUCACUGCUCACUUUCAUUGCAUUUUGUAGCAUACAAUAAAAAUGAAUUGCGACUGAUGUGGUCCGCUUUGUGCUUUUGUGUUCAACUGAAGACACUAUAACGUAUGGUUUGAAACCACAUGAGUGCCUGAUGGCAAUGCUUUUAAUAUUAGGUGAACUGUCCAUUUAAGACAAAACUGAUGUAAGUGUGAUAGAAAAAUAAAAAGCAUACCAAAAAAGCCAUUAAUGAAAAACAUGAAAAUAUUAAUGCCUACGAAGAGUAAUAAUGAUCCGAGUGGUUUGUAAUCAUAAUAAUUAAUCAAAAUGACAUUUUUAACUAUAAGGGUAACUGCAUUUAGACAACACUGUGCAUGUCAAGAUAAGAAUACAUACAGACAUGGAUACUAAAAUGAGAAUGUAUUUCUCAUUAAAAUACCCAUAUAAUUUUAUAAAAUGCUAGUACAAAUAUUUAGUGUUUAUUUGAAGAAAAUAAUGACUUUUUGGCAGUUUGGGGUUAAUAAAUAAAAAAAUCCUACAAUAAUGGUUGACAGU